CCUAAAAACUAGCUUGAAAAUGCGAGGAAAGCGCCAUCGGAAUGAUGUACAAAGUUUGGCAAUUCAGCAACGGCUAAAAAAUCCGGCAGGGUCCCUGGGUAUAAAGGUCUUGCCUCGUCGUCCUCACCCUGGUUGCGAGCAUCAGCACACACGAACAAUAUGACAAUCCCUCAACCCCGCUACACAAUCCCAGAAAAGCUGGCAAUUGAAGUGCCAGGUGCCCCCGCCAUACCUGGCGAGGGAAAACCACGAUGUCACUAUCUGACGUUUGAGCGGGAGUACCGUGUCAAGCAGUUUGGGAGCCUGACAGCCUGGGAUAUUUUCGAAGAAGGCCGAAGGCGCUCUGGUGAUGCACCAUGUUUGGGCCGACGUACAAUGAUCAACGGCGUUGCGGGGCCUUUUGUUUGGGAGACAUACAACGAAGUUUACACCCGCGCUGAACGUAUUGCGUCUGCGCUUGUAGCUCUCGGUCAUCAGCCCAACGACAAGGUUGGCAUCUUUGCAAAAAAUUGCCCCGAGUAUGCGAUCGCUCAGUUUGCCGCAUUUCGUCAGGGUGGUACGGUCGUCCCCAUCUACGACACGUUGGUGUCGGAUGAAGCUGUUCUUGUCCACAUGUUGAACCUUACUGAAUGCAAAGUUGUGUUUACAACUUCAAAGCAGGUACCCGUCCUGCUCUCUGCCAGUUCGAAAGUGCCGACCCUCAAAAUCGUUGUCACCUUUGACGAGCCGUCCGAUGAGCAAAAGAAGCAGGCUGAAAUAUUGAACGUUGAGCUUCUAACGUUUCCAGAGUUGGAAAAGCUUGGGGCAAAAGAGCUUACUGAACCUAACGCUCCCAAGGGAGGUGAUAUAGCCUGGAUUUGCUUCACUAGUGGGACCACUGGAAUGCCUAAAGGUGCCAUUAUCACGCACAAAAUGUGCUCUUCCAUUUAUGAUCGUGUCGCCCUCGGCAUCGAACACGGCCUCGACCUUCCUCUCACGCCCGACGACGUUAUGCUUUCAUAUCUCCCCAUGGCUCAUGUAUUCGAAAUGAGUUGCCAGACAGUAGUCAUCGGUCACGGGGGCCGUAUUGGGUUCUGGCAAGGAGAUGUAACGAAGCUAAUGAACGAUGUGGCAGAAUUGAAGCCCACAAUCUUUGCUGGAACCCCCCGUAUUUAUAAUCGAAUCUAUGAUAGCGUCAUGGCUCAAGUUUCCAAGGCAGGGUGGGCCAAAGCAGCUCUUUUUCACACCGCAUACAAUGGCAAACUCACAUGGCUGUCACGUAACAUGUACAACCACGCUCUCUGGGAUAAGGUUGUUUUUGCCAAGUUGAGGGAACUGCUAGGUGGCCGUGUUCGAUUCAUGUACACUGGUGCCGCACCCAUCAGCCGCGAAGUCUUGGAUUUUCUGAAGAUUGCCUUCUCUUGCCCAGUUAUCGAGGGCUACGGGCAAACGGAAUCCAUGACCGGCACCUCUAUUACCUAUCCUUGCGAUACCAAAUCAGCCGGAACCAUUGGUGUCCCCAUCCCUGGUGUUUACAUCAAAUUAGUGGAUGUACCCGACAUGAACUAUCUCUCUAGCAGCAAUCCCCCUGCGGGAGAAAUCUGCUUCAAAGGAUGCACCGCGUUCCCUGGAUAUUAUAAAGAUGAAGAGAAGACCAAGGAGACAAUCGAUGAAGAUGGCUGGGUUCAUACGGGCGAUAUUGGCAUAUGGACUGAGCACGGCAACCUCAAAAUCGUGGACAGGAAGAAAAAUCUCUUUAAACUUGCCCAAGGGGAAUAUGUCUCACCAGAAAAGGUGGAGAAUGCCUACAGUAGACACGAAUUGGUCGACUCCAUCUUUGUCACUGGAGAAUCUACCCAAGCCCAUUUAGUGGCCAUCAUCCACCCGUCUAAGGCCGCCUUUGUGAAUUUUGUCACAGAAAAGGUUAAGGAUGUGGACGCGACUUUACCCCUGGAAGAGCUGUGCGAGAACAAGGUUGUUCGUAAGACCUUCUUGCAAGAAGUGUCCCAGUGGGUAAGACGGAGUGGGGAGUUGAAGGGCUUCGAAAUUGUCAAGGAUGUGGUACUAGAGCCCAAGGACUUUCCCUCUCUCGGCUUCCUUACACCAACGUUCAAGUUGAAGCGUCACGAUGCAAAGUUGCAUUAUAAAGCAAAGGUGGCGGCAAUGUAUGAUGGUACUUCUAGCGUCAUGUAGUGGAUAGAGCCGGGCUCUGCGAGAUUUUGUAUAUCUAUUGAUUUUUCAUAUGGUUAUUUACUUGAUACUCAUAAUUCUCUUUCUUAUACAUCCGUGCAAUAAUAAUUCGGGGCGAAAUAUUAAUUA